AUGCCGAUCCAAUUGAUUCAAGCGACGGAGCAAGACCUCCCAGCUGUCGCUCGCAUCGCAACAUCCGCAUUUCACCCAUCAACAGACGCUCUCUCCCGCCGUUUAUUCCCUCCCCAUCUCCAACCAAAGAACAUACCCGACGGCGAAGCAGCCUACGAUUGGCGCGCAGCACGCAAAGCAUCCAGUCUAGCAUCGUCAGAAUCACACCUUGUAGUAGCAGUCGACGAUGAAAAUCCCUAUGAAGAUCGUAUAGUCGGUUUCGCACUAUGGGACGCCCCUCCUGUUGAUGGCGGUGACUCUGGUCCCAGCAAGCCAAUAAACUGCGACGCGCUUGACAAAGAAGCUUUCGAGGAGAUGAAGAGAACUGUCAACCAAGACGCCGCUGAUACAUUUGGCGAGAAAGGAAUUGCUGGUGUUUGGCAUCUCGACUACAUCGGAGUUGCUCCUGGUAAUCAGAGACGAGGAAUAGGCAAGAUGCUUCUUCAAUGGGGUCUUGAUAAAGCUUCUGCGGAAGGAAAAGACUGUUAUUUGGUUGCUACUGAAGCUGGAAGGCCUUUGUAUGUGGCUGCGGGGUUUGAAGAUCUGAGGACCAUAUCCAUCUUGGGGAUUCCACAUUACUCUAUGAUAAUGAGGGCUGCAAAGUCCGAAUGA